AUGCCUGAUUAUGAUGAAUAUUUCUUAGUUACUGGCGGUGCUGGCUUCAUAGGAUCGCACUUUUUGGAGUAUUUCGUUAUUCGAUAUCCAAACUAUCAUUUUACAUGCAUAGAUAAAUUGAAUUAUGCAACAAACCAAAAUACUAGUUCAUUGUCUAAAAUUAUGGAGUAUCCAAAUUUUCACUUUAUCAAAAUGGAUUUAUCAGCCGAAUAUCCAGUUCUCUAUAACUUUUUAGUCACUGAGUAUAGAAAAAACAGAAUAACUAAUAUUAUACACUUUGCAGCUGAGUCUUGCGUUGAUCGAUCCUUUUCCAAUCCGUUAUAUUUCACAGCGAAUAAUAUUUUGGGAACUCAAAAUUUACUAGAAUGUACCAGAUUAUUAAUAACAAAAUUUCCUGAGGUUAAAGAUCGUUUCAGGUUUAUACACAUUUCAACCGACGAAGUGUAUGGGGAACAGAAUGAAGGUGAGAGGGUAGAUGAAUCGAGUAAACUAAACCCUACAAAUCCUUAUGCAGCGACUAAGGCCGCUUGCGACUUAAUACUCAAAUCAUAUUAUUAUUCUUAUAAAAUACCCAUUGCAAGUAUACGAUCAAAUAAUGUAUAUGGGCCAAGACAGUAUCCUGAAAAAAUCAUUCCUAUGACGUUAAGCAAACUUCAGUGUUAUGUUAGACAAUAUCCUAGAUCAGAUAAAAUGGCUCAUAAAAUAAGGAUUCAUGGAGAUGGUUCAAAUAAGAGAGCAUAUUUGCAUAUUCAAGAUUUUAUUCAGGGAAUAGAAUUGAUUUGGAUGAAAUUUAGAGAAGAACAAUCUGCAUCAUAUCCUGAGAAACAGAUAAUAAAUCAAACGUUUAAUAUUGGGAGUGAAGAUGAAAUAGACAACUUGUCUUUGGUGAAAUUUAUCUGUGACACUUACUUGAACAAGAAAUUGUCUUUGUCAAAUUUAGAUUAUUCAAACUAUAUUGAAUUUGUGAAAGAUAGAAAUUAUAACGACUCAAGAUAUUCCAUCAAUUAUAACAAGAUUAAAAAGUUUGGUUGGAAUCCAACUAUUGACUUAAAAAGUGGUAUAGUUGGUCUAAUUGAUUCUCUUUUAUAG